AUGUCAGCUCGAACUCACGAACCUAGGCUACAGGAACACCUAGAAGGAGGUCCAUGGGCUUUAAUAGAAUCAGAUCCAGGUGUCUUUACUUCGCUACUGCAAGGCCUUGGUGUAAAGAAUACCCAAGUAGUUGAUAUAUAUUGGGAGCUUGAUGACAAAUUAGAGUGGGAAAGAAUCGGUGAAGUGUACGGAUUAAUUUUUCUAUUCAAGUUAAGUAUGGAGAUUGAUAAAAGUGGCGAAGAGUUUGAUGAUGAUGAAGAAUUGCUGCGAGUGUAUUUUGCUAACCAAGUUAUUGAUAACGCCUGCGCAACACAAGCCCUCUUGAAUAUUGUCUUGAAUUGUGAGCAAAUUGAACUCGGAAAUGAUUUAAAUGAAUUCAAAGAUUUCACAAGAGAUUUCAAGCCGCCACUGAAAGGACUAGCUAUGACCAAUACCAAUAAAUUUCGUGAAAACCAUAAUCGUUUUGUUAGAUUCCAAGAAGAUCUCGACUUAGUAGAAGUGGAAAAACCUAAAAGGAAAAGUAAAGGGGAUGAUCUGGAUAUAUAUAUUUGGGAAGAUGAUGAUGGUGAUGUUUUUCAUUAUACAGGUUAUGUACCGGUUAAUGGAAGUGUAUUUGAACUCGAUGGAUUAGCACGUAAUCCACGGAAAAUAGGAGAAAUCGAAGGUGAUGAUUGGAUAGAAGUCGCAAAGGAUUCUAUAAGGGAACGAUUGCAAAGGUAUCAAAUCGAAGGUAUCGAGUACAACUUAAUGGCAGUCGUCAAUGAUCUUGAAGUCUAUAAUCGAGAAAAAGCGUGCGAGAAAAUCGUAAUCAAAAGAUUAAUUGACCGCCGAUUAAAUGAACUCGAUCCGGAUUGGAGGACCCAAAAUAAUGUUACUCAUGUUGUAUCCCAAGAAAUCCCAUUAAUUGAAAAAUAUGAAAUGAAAGCACAUAGGAAACCGCGAGUAGUGGCAGAAAUUGAGGAGAUUAAAUCCGUAAAAGAGGUUAACGGGUUGAUCGAAAGAAGAAGCGUAUUAACUCAACAAAUUCGACAAUCCAUGGCAAAUGAGAAACAGGCACGCGAACAAAAAGUGCAGAUCGAGGAAGAAGAAAAGGAAGAUGCUGAUAAAAAGGGAGAGAACAUAGGUUUGAAAAUUAAAGAAUUGUAA